GCGGGGUAUGAGGCUAAGCAGGUCGUAGUUUUUCUCGGAGUCUGAAGCGGCUCAUGCUGAAGCAGAAGAAAAGCAGCCAUGAUGUUUGAAACUGGAAUCAGGUUUUUUCCGGCUGAUCGCAGAGACUAGGAGCUGCGCAGUGCCGCCCAAAGUGGCGUUGUUCUGCGCAGCUGAAAGCAGCAGCAGGCCCCGUCCCGACUGAAUAAAUCAGUUUCUGGGUUCUGAGUCCAGCCCGGCUGCUGCUGUUCCUCUUCAGUGUGGCGAGGCUGGAGAUCAAAACGUGGUGUGAAAUGAGCGGAAGCUGCUGUGAGUGUCCAGGUUUCUGCUGCUGCUUCUCCGUUUGUUCCCAGCGAUGACCCCACGGAGCUGCGAGGCGCCGCGGCGCCACGCUGCAACACGCCCACAGUCAUGAGGCUCUGCGGCCAUUUCCACUUAGGUUCCCCGCAUCUCCGCCCGAUGCCCGCACGGAUGCGUGUGUCUGUGCGGACACAUUGAGCAGUCAGUGUGAAAACUGCCCAUCCCCUCAGAUAAAGGCAGAGGAAUCCCAAAGCUUUGGUGAGAGCGGCUGGAAGCGAACAGGAAGGCAGGAGCAGCGCCGCGCCGCGCCGGCCGCCGCAACAAGCACCAAACCCGGAGGAAAGCAGCUCAGGCGGCGCUGAAAGUCUCAGUAAAUGUCCUGCUGCUGUUUUACGUAUGACACACAGACACACACACACACACACACACACACGCAGACACAGACACACACACACACAGACACACGCGCGCGAGGGACAUAACUGUGGCUCUGCUCUCUAACAUAAGCAGAGGAAACUAAUAUCUGCCGCCGUGGAGAAAAGCUGGAAGGAUUUCCUCCAGAACCGCAGCAGAGGUUCGAUGUGCGGCUCGGUUCCUCCGGGUUUGGGUCACCCUCAUACCGAACAUGCAUUAACACUUUGUGGCCUGUUUUCCGUUUCCCCUCUCGCCUUUGGAGGACCUCCAUUUUGAAGAGACAUGGCGCGGCUCGGUGGCUCGGACGGCAGCGGGUUCUGGUUCUGGCUGGUUCCGGUGGUUCCGGCGGAUAGCUGGAGCUUUUCUUCCUGAUCAGGGUCGGAUCAUGUCAGGAUGAGUGGGCCUUCCAAAGGCCCUGACAGGAAGUCCAGCUGCCCUCUGACCCCGGCCCGCGACCCGUGCUGCAUCGGCCCGGCCAUGUCGGCCGCCGCCUCCUCCCUCAAACACACGUCUGUCUACGGCUACAUCCAGUCAGACCACUGUUCUUCCUCCUCCUCCUCUUCCUCAUACAGCCCCCUGCGGAGGCUGCAGCACCUCACCAAGAUGGUGAGCCGGCCCGACCUGGUGCUGCCGAGCCGGGGGCCCGACCGGCGCUGGGACUGGGGGACCGACCGGAGGGACGGGGUCAGGACGGAGGACUGCUGGGCGGAGUACAGAGAGCAUUCUGUUGACGUCUCGUCUUCUUCUUCUGGUCAAAAGCAAGCACAGCUCCAAAGUGAAAGUAAAGACUUUCCUGUUGUUCGUUGCCACCAGUCUGCUGUUUCUGAGAAACUGGGAGGCGACUCUCCGUCCAGCCCGCCGAGCCCGGCCUUCUCUCUGGACAGCAGCAGCCCCUUCGCCAAUGGCCUGCUGCACUUCGACUCGGCUCUGCUUGAGGCCGACGGCGUCGACGAGGAGCCGCAGAGCGUCGCGCCCGGCCCGGGCUUCCUGGACAAACGCGACCGGCCGCAGACCGCGCCGCAGCUCGCCCCCGCAGACGCUCGUCCGGACCCAGAGGAGGCGGCGCCCAAGGUGGUGACGCGCUCCCAGUCCUCGGGUCAGCGCCGGCGGUACUGGGACGGCUCAGAGGACGAGUGGGACAGCGACUCGGUGCUCUUCCUGUUCGAUGACUGGCCUGCAUGGCGGACGGUGCAGCUGAGCAGCUCCAGGAAAAAGCCUCCGCCGCCGGUGAAGUUCGCCGAGGGGGAAAUCGUUUGGGCCAAGUUCGGCCGCCGGCCCUGGUGGCCGUGUGAGGUGCUGGCCGACCCGGCGCUGGGCGUCUAUCACAGGAUGAAAGAGCCCUGCGACCGGCUCUGUCGGCUGUAUCACGUCCGGACCUUUGGGGAGCCAAAGGAGUUCGUUUGGGUGGAGGAAAAAUCUACUCAGGCGUUCCACGGAGGCUUUGAGUUCGACCAACUUCUCCUUUUGAGACGAAGAAGCAAGCAAAGAGAGCAGAACAACAGAAACACUAUCCCUAAGCGUUUCCAGUAUUCGUGGAGAUGCAGUGUGGCCGAGGCUGAAUCUGUUCUGUCUGGACGACCCGACGUUUCUCCUGCUCUGGCUCCAUCCACAGAUCAAACCUUUUCCUUCAAUUCCCCGCCAGAAGGACAGAAGAAGCCCCCUCCAGCCGUUCCCGCUGUUUCUGAACCGUUGCACUUAACGAAUGGACCCACCUCGUCUACAGCUACAACACGGACAAAACCAAGCACUUUAAAGAAAACUUCUAGCAAGAAGAAGCAAAGCAAAUCCCUUCAGGACCUUGGGAAUGAAAAGGCAUUGUGUUGCAGUCUCGAUCAGUCUCACAGAGACAACAGAGAGUGCCCAUACUCUGAUCUCGACUCAGUCCCGAAGAUUUUGUGCCCUAAAGCACUUGAGCGUCAACCAAAGCUGCUUCCAUGCCAGCCGUCUGCGGCUGCAGUCAAAGAGCUAAAGAAGCAGCCAGACAACCAGACCGGACUGUGGUUCAGUAAAUCAGGCAGAGACCGGCGACCCAAAACCACCAGCCCCGUGUCAGACCACUCCCUCUUUAGUAAGGGUCCCUGUAAGAAAAAGCACUUAUCCACCGUUAGUAAGAAGGCACCGGUUCCCUCCGCCUUGUUGGUCGGUGCUGAGUCCAAUGACUCGGUCAUACUGGCAGACACUAAUAAGUCAACAGAUAAUGGUCCGAUUCAUGAACAGUCAGUAUCUGAGAAAUGUAGGGCCAGUGAGGACAACCCUGUUGAAGGAAGAGGCUGGUCUUUGGACCAGCCAAAGGCCCAGUUGUCCACUGAAGACAAACAGACUUCUGAGACCAAAAUAAACCCUUUGAGCAUUUCGUCUGACAACCCGGAUGUUGAAAAAGACUUUCAUCCCUCCAAGAAAGUCGGUUUUAAUAACGACUCAGAUUCUCCAAAGAUGGAAACAUCUGUAAGUUCAACUGAACUUUCUGUCAUAAUUGCUACUAAACAACUUGAUAAAACUGAAAAACCUUUUGACCAGGAGAAAGAAAGCCAGCAGAAUUUGAGGCCCUGUUUACAAGUUGAAAAAAGAGAUCCAGUCUCAAUAUUAGAAAAGCAAAAGAAUCUGGUCUCUAAAUGCAGACUCCCGUUUGUGAAACUGAUACGAAAGGAGAUAGAACAAAACCAGUUUUUACACUCAUGUCUGACCCAUGUCACUACUAACAGAAGUGAAUGCAAUAAGAAAGAGAAAACAUCAGAUAGUGAUGUGAAUAAAGCAGCAGCUAAUAAAUCAGACUUGACAGGCAGCAAAACGAGCGUCUUCACUGAUCAGAUUUCACCUUCAAAAUUCAUCCAGGUCUCAGUCAAGAAGCUACGAGCUAGAAGUGAGUCUGGCCUACUUCGGCUGUCAUCAGAGUCACCGCCUGUACACAACGCUAAGACACCCGAACGCAACGCUAAGACACCCGAACGCAACGCUAAGACACCCGAACGCAACGCUAAGACACCCGAACGCAACGCUAAGACACCUGGAAACAACGCUAAGACACCCGAACGCAUCGCUAAGACACCCGAACGCAACGCUAAGACACCCGAACGCAACGCUAAGACACCCGAACGCAACGCUAAGACACCUGGAAACAACGCUAAGACACCUGGAAACAACGCUAAGACACCCGAAGGCAACGCUAAGACACCCGAACGCAUCGCUAAGACGCCCGGAAACAACGCUAAGACACCCGAACGCAACGCUAAGACACCUGGAAACAACGCUAAGACACCCGAACGCAACGCUAAGACACCCGAACGCAACGCUAAGACACCAGGAAACAACGCUAAGACACCUGGAAACAACGCUAAGACACCCGAACGCAACGCUAAGACACCCGAGCAUAGCGCUAAGGCAGCCCGAAACAACGCUAAGACACCCGAGCAUACGCUAAGACACCCGAGCAUAGCAGCUAAGACAACCGCAGGCAACGCUAAGACACCCGAACGCAACGCUAAGACACCCGGAAACAACGCUAAGACACCCGAACGCGACGCCAAGACACCCGAACGCCACGCCAAGACACCCGAACGCGACGCCAAGACACCCGAACGCGACGCCAAGACACCCGAACGCGACGCCAAGACACCCGAACGCCACGCCAAGACACCCGAACGCAACGCCAAGACACCCGAACGCGACGCCAAGACACCCGAACGCGACGCCAAGACACCCGAACGCGACGCCAAGACACCCGAACGCGACGCCAAGACACCGAGCAUGCAAGACACCCGAGCAGCAAGACACCGAGCAGCGCCAAGACACCCGAGCAUAGCGCCAAGACACCCGAGCAUAAAUCUUUCUGAUGCAUUGAGCAGCCCAGAAGUACAACCUGUCCCAGUAUCAAACGUUAGUCUAGAUAGCGUCACCGCCUUAUCAUGCAAUGAAUCAAACAGAUUAGAAUGUAAAGGCAUUUCUGUUUGCAGUCAAACAAAGACAUCGUCUGACAAGCCAGACUGCUCAGAGGAAAACACUUCAUCUACUAAAACUGCAGCUUCUCCAACAGGAAGUCCUCAUUUCCAUCAAAGUCGGCCUGCUCCAAAAUCCAGAAAAAUUAUUCACAAACUGAAGCAGGCUAAAGAAAUUCAAAACGUCCUGAAGGAGCAGCCGGCCCAUCUUCCAGCCAGCAGUCGGCUGAUGACCAGAGCCUUGCAGGUUGUCGACCAGAGGAAGCGUAGAAAAGCCCAGCAGGCGAUUGAGCAAACUAAGCUGAGCAAACCUCUGGACACAGUUCAGAAUUCUGCUGAGCCCAAAUUUGAUAUUUGCACUAAUUUAAAACUUCUAAAAUCUACUCGCAUUAACAAUGGGGAUUGCUUGUCUAGAUGUAGCUCCCCUUCCGUACUGUUCUCUGAUUCAGAGGAUUUUGAAGAUGAUGUUAAAAGUGAAGAUGAAGACCUUUCAGUUUCUUCAACUCCACCAAUGGACUUCAUACCCCUUACAUCUAUAGCUAAAGCAAAACACGAAGAUCUGCCCCCAACAACACAACCUCCAUCACCUCCAUCACCGUUUUCCUUCAUGAAAGCCUUCAAGAAUGUUACGGAGGUUUCCUUUCAGUCCUUACCAACUGGCAGCAAUGGAAAGCCGGUCUCUUUCAGGCCAGACUCAAAAUACCAGUUUAGCACUUUUCUUAUGAUGCUGAAGGACUUGCAUGACACUAGAGAGCGAGAAGGCGCGCCCCUAGAGUUAGAGAUUGGGCCACCCAGUGCACAUGUGAAGGAGGAGCCGGUGAUGAUGCCACACAAGGCUCCACUGGAAGGACACGGCCACACAUGCAAAACCGAUCCAAUCGCAGACAAAAGUGGGAUUGGACAGAACGGAUGUGGUAAAGGCCAGAAACUCAAGAGGCCCUGUAGCAGAAAGCGUGGCCAUUGGUUGAAAUGGAAAACCAAUCGCAGAGUUCCUGGACAUGGUUUUUCUGGAGUAACGUCAGCAGCAAGAAUCACUUCCUGGCCAACAGCAGAUAUCACUUCAAAAAUAAUGGAUGUACAAAUUGGCAGUAGCUGGAUCCAGGCUGGCUGUAGUGGAGACGUUGGUGGGCAAGAGGAGCAGCAGAGAUGGGAAAGACUAAAGGGCUGCCAGCAGGUUGGUGUUCCUCUGGAAAGGAGGGAAUGUCCGACACGCCACCUGGAACAGCCAACCAGCCUCGGAGGCGACAUGAUGAACAAGUCCGUUCAAGACUUGAUUCGUCAAGCUGAUGAACAAGACAAGACUUCAGCCGAACAUAAACGAAUACGAAAACCCAGCAAGAGACUACUUGAAUGGACUGAGGAAUACAACCAGAUUUUCUCCCCAAGGAAGAAACCCAAAAAGUCUCUCCAGCUGUUUGGAAAGGCCAAUCAAUCUGUUGCUGCCCUGUGUGAGCUUUCGGACUUGGAGAAGAACAUGGCCGACAGCUCAUCGUCCUCCUUACUUCCUGAAAUACUGACGCCGCCGCCAGAGGAGUUGGCUCCAGCCACGCCUGUAGAAACCCAGAUUCCCAAAGCAGAACCGCCAUCGACCCAAGAGCUUCCGGUGCUUUCCAUCGACUCCUUAACUCCGCCCCCUGAAGCUGAGCCCUCCCUGUCAGACGGCCUAGUCAAAGGCAACAAAGUUUCUCCUGUACUUGAAAAGAAGAGGAAGAGGAAACCCACGCAGAAGAUCCUGGAGUACUGCCUGGAGGCCGAGGUGUCCGCCGCCCCGAAGAAAAAGAAUAAAACACUGAAGAUGAAUUCAAAUGCUGGACCUCAGGCAGAUUUUUCUCCACCAUCUUUAAAAGUGAAACCACUCUCUGAGCCGCUGCCAUGCCCGCCCCUCCCCCCCGUAACCUCUGACCUCCCGGCGGCCCCCAGCCCACCUGAGCAGGUGGACCCGCCCCCCGCAGACGCAUUCCAGUCUGAUGACGGCAGCGUCCAGGAGGAGGCGCUGGAGUCAGAGGAUGACAGGUUUCGGCUGGAGAACCGGUUCCCCCCCACAAAGGACGACCUGCUGGGCGACGAUGCGCCGCUACCUGUCAGGAAGAUCAUCGGCGACCGGGGAGGGCCCGCUUCCAUGAAGGAGAAUGUCUGCCAGGUGUGUGAGAAAACGGGGGAGCUGCUGCUGUGUGAGGGUCAGUGCUGCGGUGCGUUUCACCUGGCCUGCAUCUCUCUGGCCGAGGCCCCGAAAGGAAAGUUUGUCUGCCCAGAAUGUAAAUCAGGCGUCCACACCUGCUUCGUGUGUAAGAAGCGCAGCGAAGACGUUCGCCGCUGCAUGAUUCCCGUCUGCGGGAAGUUUUACCACGGAGAGUGCAUCGCUAACUACUCCGCGACCGCGCCGGUCAACCGAAGUUUCCGCUGCUCCAUCCACGUCUGCCUCACCUGCUACAUCUCCAGCCCCGGCAGCUCGGCCGUCUCCAAAGGCCGUCUGGUGCGAUGCGUUCGCUGCCCCGUUGCUUAUCACGCCACUGACCUGUGCAUGGCCGCCGGCAGCGUUGUGCUUUCCAACAACAGCAUCAUCUGUCCCAACCACUUCGCGCCGCGUCGCGGCGUCAAGAACCACGAACACGUCAACGUCAGCUGGUGCUUCGUCUGCACGGAAGGAGGAAGCCUGCUGUGCUGUGAAUCGUGUCCCGCCGCGUUUCACAGAGAGUGUCUGAACAUGGAGAUGCCCAAAGGCAGCUGGUUCUGCAACGACUGCAAGGCGGGGAAGAAGCCGCGCUACCAGGACAUCCUGUGGGUCAAGGUCGGCCGCUACAGGUGGUGGCCAGCAGAGGUCAGCCAUCCCAAAACCAUCCCAGAAAACAUCCAGCGCAUGCGGCACGACGUGGGCGAGUUCCCCGUCCACUUCUUCGGCUCCAACGAUUACCUGUGGACGUACCAGGCCCGCGUCUUCCCCUACAUGGACGUCGACGCAAACAGCAAAGAGAAGAUGGGCAAAGGCGUCGAUGCAACUUACAAGAAAGCGCUGGAGGAGGCGGCCGUGCGAUUUCGUGAGCUCCAGGCAGAAAAGGAGCUUCGGCAGCUUCAGGAGGACAGAAAGAACGACAGGAAGCCGCCGCCGUACAAACACAUCAAGGUGAAUCGUCCGAUUGGGAAGGUUCAGAUCCGGACUGCUGACCUGUCAGAAAUCCCGCGCUGCAACUGCAAGGCGACAGACGAGAGUCCGUGUGGAAACGACUCCGAGUGCAUCAACCGCAUGCUGCUGUACGAGUGCCACCCUCAGGUGUGUCCGGCCGGUGAGCGGUGCCUGAACCAGGCCUUCACCAAGCGGCAGUACAGCCAGGUGCAGAUCUUCCGGACGCUGUCUCGCGGCUGGGGCCUUCGCUGCGUCCACGACAUCAAGAAGGGUCAGUUUGUGACCGAAUACGUCGGGGAGGUGAUCGGCGAAGACGAGUGCAGGUCGAGGAUCAGACACGCCCAGGAGAACGACAUCUGCAACUUCUACAUGUUAACUCUAGACAAGGACAGAAUAAUCGACGCCGGGCCGAAGGGCAACGAGGCUCGCUUCAUGAACCACAGCUGCCAGCCCAACUGUGAGACGCAGAAGUGGACGGUCAGCGGAGACACGCGGGUGGGACUGUUCGCUCUGGUGGACGUCGCUGCAGGCACAGAGCUCACCUUCAACUACAACCUGGAGUGUCUGGGCAACGGGAAGACGGUUUGUAAAUGCGGCUCAGCAAACUGCAGCGGCUUCCUGGGCGUGAGGCCAAAGAACAACCCUCCGUCCGACGAUAAGGGCCGCAAGCUGAGGAGGCGGGGCCACGGCCGGAAGAAGAAGAAGGCGCUGCCGACCAAAGAGAGGGAGGACGAGUGCUUCAGCUGCGGAGACGGAGGACAGAUGGUGUCCUGCAAGAAGCCAGGAUGUCCCAAAGUCUACCAUGCAGACUGCCUGAACCUCACCAAGAGGCCCGCAGGUCGUUGGGAGUGUCCUUGGCAUCAGUGUGACGUCUGUGGGAAGGAGGCGGCGUCGUUCUGCGAGAUGUGUCCCAGCUCCUACUGCCCUCAGCACCGUGACGGUCUGCUCUUCAUCUCCAAGCUGGACGGGAAGCUCUGCUGCAGCGAACACGACCCCUGUGGGCCGGAGCCGCUGGAGCCGGGGGAGAUCCGGGAGUACCGUCCCAAUCCGGGGGCCCUGACCCCUGGGGCCCUGACCCCUGGGCUGGGCAUGGCCGUCAUCCCCGCCGGCCGUCUCAGCCGGACCAGUGGCAGCGGGAACGUGAAGGAGGCCGGCAGUGGUGGCGGUCCAGAGGCGUUCUCUUCGUUCUCCAUCCCGGUGCCCAUCACCAUCCCGGUUGCCAGCGGCAACGCCUCGCCACCUCCCAGCAGCCCACACAGAUUCGACCUCCCGCACUACUCGCCCAUUUCCUCGUACGAAGAGGAGCGUGACGUCUUGGAGGAGGAGCUGGAAGAGGAAGAGGAAGAGGAAGAGGAAGAGGAGGGAGUAAUGAGGAACAAGUGGGACUCCCAGGAGGAAGAUGAUGAAGACGAGGGACUGGAAUACCUGGAGCUCAAAGAUGAAGAAGACGACGACGACGAUUGAUACGCAGAGUUAUUUUGAUUCAUAACUGCACUGCAAAAACACAAAAUCAGGUUUUUCCAGAGCAAAUAUCUGAGUUCACUUGAAAAACAAAAAUCAAAUGUAAUCUGUAGAGCAGCAAGGCUUUUCAAAGAGCUUUACAUCAUAGAAACACAAAGUCCUGCAGCAUAGAAUCAACAAUCAAACAUGACAUCAAGUCGACUUCCAUCGUUAAAUUGAUUAUUGAUUACGUUUCUAAUAAAACACUAACAGCUGGUUUUAGUCUGGAUUUAAAGGAUCUCAGUGUUUCAGCUGUUUUACAGUUUUCUGGAAGUUUGUUCCAGAUUUGUGAUGCA